UAAAGAGAAGACAAAUGACAAGUAGCAGCAUCAGUCAAGCACUGGACGUCGGCCAUGUUAGUGACAAUCUUGCCGUAUUUCUUGGCCGCGCAGGUCGCCGUCGAUGACACCAGCCGGCAGUCAGAAUGGGCCAUGUACGGUGGCGAGUGCACUUACGACGUUUUCGUGAUGAUGUCUCUGUCGAACAUCACCCGGGCGGACGAUAAUUUCUGCUCCUCGAUCAAAUCCGAGCUCAAGUGUCGACCCAAGGGACAGGACUCUCUGAGUUGCCAUUUCCAGAACUCGCGGAUCCGGCACCCCGGCCCGGAGGAGGGCAAUUGCACGAACUCGAUGGGCUCCGUGCCCACGCGGACGAGGUUCAUUGACGAGGAGCCCUUCGAGAUCCGCUUCGACCCGAGGGGUAUCCAGAACCUGGUGGUGCACAGGACUAUUCCCAGAUGGCAGCUGGACAUGAUCAAGGUCAUAGUCAGCCAGUUGAACAUCGGCUUCGAGGUGUUGGAACGGCGCGAUCGAUUCGCCAUCAUGGAGAACUCGACGAUGGGUUACUGCGAGGUCGACGUCAAGUUCGUUCAUGAUAGCAGUGAAGAGAACGACGAUGACGAGCAUGAGGACGGUUCCGUUGAGCAGGGCGAGAAGGAGGGUGAGGACUUCGAGAUCCAAUUUAUGUCGACAAACAACAAGCCCGCGCGAACCUUGGACGAGAAAUUCCACGUGCAGAAGAUUCGAGAGCCUACGAGGUGCCCGCGAAGGACGAUCUACUUCUUUGGGAAUGAAGGGGAUUACAGUCGCGGCAAUGGGGAACUCUACAUGGACAUGACGGACUCAACGAGUCAUAUCAUGAUCACGAAGAAUAAAUUCAAGUCAUUAACAAUGUCGGCGGGCGUAAUGAAGAUGGCGAACAAAUCACAUGUAAUGCGGCCUCACCAGAACAUCGUCCUGAAGCUGAAGCGAAUAGAUCUUGCGCGAAAUUCACCGCCGGAAAUCCAGAAUCCAGCUUCGACCAGCCUGUUCGCAUUCUCGAGCCUAGAAACGAUUCCGGAAGACGCGUGACCCAAUUGUAUUGCAUUAAAGAUACAAAUUUACGAAAAAUGAGAUUUCAAUCGUGCGCCGUUCUAAAAUAAGUAAAACGUUUCCUGAAAUAAACGCUGUUCAAUUCAACACUCUUCUUCGCUACGAAGGGAAAAACAUAUCCCAUACAAUAAUGUAAAUCUGCGGGAUAUAUUGAAUUGUGUAUAUAAGAAAUAUAUAUAAGAAAUAUAUCUAAACUUUUUUUUAAAUAUUAUUACUAUAUUCUAAUGAAUAAAUUCUGAAAAUGCCUCCGUA